UCAGGACCCUUCCGAAAACCCUAGCUUCCUUAAAUCCAGAAUUAGCUGAACCGGGGUUGCUGCGGCAGCUGGCAACAAACAAGUCAGGGAUGGUUUGGUUUCAAUGCGAGGAUUGUGGUGACAAUCUGAAGAAACCUAAAUUACCGAAUCAUUUCAGAACUUGUUCCGCUUCAAAGUUGUCUUGCAUUGAUUGUGGACAAAUAUUUGGGCAAGACUCGGUUCAGCAACAUACACAAUGUAUUACAGAAGCGGAAAAGUAUGGUCCAAAAGGCCAAAGCAAAACUCCGAAUGUUACAGCUGCCAAACCUAACGGUAACAAGCAAAAGCCUGAAGUUGAUAUUCAUGUUGGGUUAUCAGAAAGGCCUCCGUGGUUUUGUAGCCUCUGCAACACAAAAGCUACAAGUAAGCAAACACUUCUUCUUCAUGCCGAUGGAAAGAAACACAGGGCAAAGGCUCGAGCUUUCCAUUCUGCAAAGCAACAGCCACUUCAGACGGACACAUCUGCUUCAGAUGCAAAGCUUCCAGUGGAGCAUGCUUCUAAUGACAAGGUCCAAGUUAAUAAUAAUGUAGAGCAGACAAAAUUCCAAGACCCAUCUAAACACAAUAACUUGAAAUCAGGGAAUGAAAGCUCUCCAUCAAAUAAAAAGAGGAUAUCUGAUGUGGUGGAGGAUAACCAUAUCAGGAAAAAGGGCAGGGAUGACAGUUCGGGUGAGCUGGGAAAUGGGGAAGUAGUUCAGGCUGAAGGUGCAGCUGGGGAAAAACAGGAUCUUUUACAAAAAGAGAGGAUGGUUAACGACAAAAAGAAUAUAAAGUGGAAAAAGUUUAUCAUAUCAGCAUUAAGAUCUCAACCUGAUGCAAAAUUGAAGAUGAAGAAGUUGAGAAAACAUGUCUUGAAAGCCUUGCAGGAAUCUGGCGUUGAAGUGGAUGAAACUGAACUUAGUGAGGCACUCGAGCGGAAGAUCAAUUCAAGUUCCAGAUUUGCAGUUGAGAAAAAGUAUGUGCGUUUGGUGCCCCGGGAUGAUUAAGCUUAUUUGUUACCUUUGCAAGCAAGACUCCCUGGCUUUUGUUCGGUGAUGAUGUUUUGCUAUUGUUUAGACAUUAAUUAAUAUAGUUUAGAAUUGAAAAUUUUGGUGUUUGAACUUGCAGAGGGACUGAAGGAGCAGGUUUUUUUUUUUUUUUCAACCCCUCCCAUUUUUUUCUAUAAAAAGUUUUGUAGAAGCAAAUUAUAUACUAUUACUAUGCAGAUGCAUUCAAUUGUUGUAUAAAAUGAUUCUGAAUCAGUGAUAGGAAACUCCUCUAAUUGUCUAUCA